CCAGCCUCACCCUGGCUCCUGCGCCCUUCCAGUUCCGUUUCCAACCUCUCCACUGGCUGACCCAGGCCGCUCUCUGCUCCAUGUUGCGACGAACCAACGCGCCCCUCACUGUGCACAGCUUUUCCAGUCCCGAGCGCAGGUGUAUGUUGGCUGUACAGCAGCUAUGGAGAAACUCUGUAGGCUUGUGCCUGUCCACCCAGACGUCCUCUCCUUGGAGAACCAGUGCCUGACCAUGCUCCCUGACCUCCAGCCCCUGGAAAAUCUACAUGGACAAACGUCUGUCCACCCAGACGUCCUCUCUCUGGAGAACCGGUGCCUGACCAUGCUCUCUGACCUCCAACCCCUGGAGAAGCUAUGUGGACAAACGUCUGUCCAUUCAGACAUCCUCUCUCUGGAGAACCGGUGCCUGACCAUGCUCCCUGACCUCCAGCCCCUGGAGAAGCUAUGUGGACAAACGUCUGUCCACCCAGACGUCCUUUCUCUGGAGAACCAGUGUUUAGCAACCCUAUCCACUGUCAAGAGCACUUCAUCAACCAGCCCCUUGCUCCAGGGUCUUCAUGUAGCACCCACAAUGCAGGCUGAUUUGUGUAGCCCGAACACUAGCAAUCGUCUGUUCCCUGAGUCUCCUACCAAGAAGGUUCCAUGUUUCUCUGCGAAUCUGAACCUUCCAACUUGUUCCAGUACUCCGAGAUCUACCCCUGCUACUACUGGAGUUCAGGAAGUAGCUUUGGGUCAGAGGUGCUUCUCCGAAGGAAAGGAAGGGCAGGGAGAGAAAGAGAGCACACAAGUCCAAAUGCCGUUGUACUGCCUAAGCUUGGGAGAGGAAGAGGAGCUGGAUGUACCGGUCCCGAAACUCACAUCUGGAGACUCGGAAUCUCAUUCGGAAACCACUGACCGGAUCCUCCAGGAAAAGAAGAUGGCUCUCCUGACCUUACUGUGUUCUGCUCUGGCCUCACAUAUAAAUGUGAAAAGUACAUCGGACCCUACUCGGGCAUCCAUCCUUGAAGUCUGCCGUGAACUGGCCCCCUUGGAACCUGAGUUCAUCCUUAAGGCAUCUCUGUACGCCAGGCAGCAGCUUAACAUCCGGGAGGUAGCCAAUAUAGUUUUGGCUGUCGCUGCCUUCUUGCCAGCCUGCCGCCCCCAUGUGCGGCGGUAUUACUCUGCCAUUGUUCACCUGCCUUCAGACUGGAUCCAGGUAGCUGAGUUCUACCAGAGCCUGGCAGAAGGGGAUGAGAAGAAGCUGGUGCCCCUGCCUGCCUGCCUCCGUGCUGCCAUGACUGACAAGUUUGCCCAGUUUGAUGAGUACCAGCUAGCUAAGUAUAAUCCACGGAAACACCGAUCCAAGAAACGUUCCCGCCAGCCACCCCGUCCCCAAAAAACGGAACGACCGCUUUCAGAGCGAGGGAAAUGUUUUCCAAAGAGCCUUUGGCCCCUUAGAGAUGAUCAGAUCGUGUUUGAAGCAGCUUACAAUGCAGUACCAAGGGAGAAAAGUCUGCCGAGGUUCACCCUGAAGAAGUUGGUCGAGAGACUGCAUAUCCAUGAGCCCGCGCAGCUCGUCCAGGCCCUGCUGGGCUACAGGUACCCGUCCAACCUAGAGCUCUUUUCUCGGAGUCACCUCCCUGGGCCGUGGGAUUCUAGCAGAGCCGGGCAGCGGAUGAAGCUCCGAAGGCCAGAGACCUGGGAGAGGGAGCUGAGCUUGCUGGGAAACAAGGCUUGUGUCUGGGAGGAGCUCAUAGACAAUGGGAAACUCCCCUUCAUGGCCAUGCUCCGGAACCUGUGUAACCUGCUGCGAACUGGGAUCAGUGCCCGCCACCACGAGCUGGUUCUGCAGAGACUCCAGCAUGAGAAAUCUGUGGUUCACAGUCGGCAGUUUCCGUUCAGAUUCCUUAAUGCUCACGAUUCUAUCGAUAAACUUGAGGCCCAACUCAGAAAUAAAGCCUUGCCCUUCCCUUCCAACACAACGCUGAUGAGGCGGGUGAUCACAAACCCAAAAACUAUCAGGAGGCGCACUGUUCGGAGUUACCUACGCACCCUGACGCGCCGGCAGCUUCGGGCAGCAAUGACUAUACCUGUGAUGUACGAGCAGCUCAAGCGGGAGAAGCUGAGGCUGCGCAAGGCCAGACAGUGGAAUUGUGAUGUUCAGUUGCUGGAGCGGUAUCGCCAGGCCCUGGAAACGGCUGUUAACCUCUCUGUGAAGCACAACCUAGCCCCACUACCAGGCCGGACCCUCUUGGUCUAUCUCACAGAUGCAAACGCCAACAGGCUCUGUCCCAAGAGUCACUCACAAGGGCCUCCCCUGAACUACGUGCUGCUGUUGAUUGGGAUGAUGGUGGCUCGGGCAGAGCAGGCAACUGUCUUGCUGUGUGGAAGAGGAGCUGUGAAGAUACCAGUCCUUGAGACAGAUGAAGGUGUCCUGAAGACCGCCAUCAAACUCCAGGCUCAAGUCCAGGAGUUGGAGGAAAACGAUGAUUGGUCCAUGGACACUUUUGGGAAGUACUUGCUGUCUCUGGCUGUCCAGAGGACCCCCGUUGACAGGGUCAUCCUGUUUGGUGGGACGAUGGAUACCGAUGUGCUGAAUGUAGCCAAAGAGAUUAUCUGGCAGCAUGUGAAUCCCAAGUGCCUCUUUGCUGGUGUCCUCCUGCAGAAGAUACAGUACAUCUCACCAAAUUUGAAUCCCAAUGAUGUGACGCUGUCAGGCUGUACUGAUGGAAUACUGAAGUUCAUUGCAGAGCAUGGAGCCUCUCGUCUUCUGGAUCAUGUGGGCCAACUAGAUAAAGUAUUCAAGAUUCCUCCGCUCCCAGGAAAGACACAGACCUUAGCUCUCCGGCCCCUGGAGGAGGACAUCCCAGGCCCCUUGGGCCCUAUUUCCCAGCAUGGGUGGCGCAACAUCCGGCUUUUCAUUUCAUCCACUUUCCGUGACAUGCAUGGGGAGCGAGACCUGCUGAUGAGGUCUGUGCUGCCAGCACUGCAGGCCCGAGCCUUCCCCCACCGCAUCAUUCUCCAUGCCAUUGACCUGCGCUGGGGUGUCACUGAGGAAGAGACCCGGAGGAACAGACAACUGGAAGUGUGCCUUGGGGAGGUGGAGAACUCGCAGCUGUUUGUGGGGAUUCUGGGCUCCCGCUAUGGCUACAUCCCCCCCAGCUAUGACCUACCUGACCAUCCACACUUCCACUGGGCCCAGCAGUACCCCUCAGGGCGUUCUGUGACAGAGAUGGAGGUGAUGCAGUUCCUGAAUCGUAGCCGACGCUUGCAGCCCUCUGCUGAAACUCUCAUCUACUUCCGAGACCCUGGAUUCCUCAGCUCUGUGCCAGAUGCCUGGAAACCUGACUUUAUUUCUGAGUCGGAAGAGAUGGCACAUCGGGUCUCAGAACUGAGGAGGUACCUGCACGAACAGAAAGAUGUUACCUGUCGCAGGUAUUCCUGUGAAUGGGGAGGUGUAGCUGCUGGCCGGCCCUAUACUGGGGGCUUGGAGGAGUUUGGACGGCUGGUACUCCAGGAUGUGUGGAACGUGAUCCAAAAGCUUUACCUGCAGCUUGGGGCCCAGCUGGAACAGCCGGAAUCCAUCUCAGAUGAUGACUUGAUUCAGGCCAGCUUUCAGCAGCUGAAGAAGCCACUCAGCCCUCUGCGGCCACGCCUUCUUCAGGAUAUGGUGCAGCAGCUGAUGCUGCCCCGUGGGAGGCUGAGUCUGCUGACUGGGCAGGCAGGACAAGGAAAGACUGCCUUCCUGGCGUCCCUGGUGUCAGCGCUGCAGGCUCCCCAGCAGCCCAACGUGCCCCCCUUGGUUUUCUUCCACUUUUCAGCAGCCCGCCCCGACCAGUGUCUUGCUCUCAACCUUCUCAGACGCCUCUGUACCUAUCUACAUCGAAAAUUGCAAGAGCCAAGUGCCCUCCCCAGUUCUUACAGAGGCCUGGUGUGGGAACUGCAGCAAAGGCUGCUCCUCAAAUCUGCUCAGUCCCUGAAACCUGGCCAGACCUUGGUCCUGAUUAUCGACGGGGCGGAUAAGUUGGUGGGUCAGAAUGGACAGCUGACUUCAGACUGGGUCCCCAAGUCCCUUCCCCGGCGAGUGCACCUGGUGCUGAGUGUGUCUGCUGACUCAGGCCUGGGAGAGACGCUGCAGCAGAGUCAGGAUGCCUCAGUGGUGGCCUUGGGGCCUUUGGUGCCAUCUUCGAGGGCUCAGUUUGUGAGAGAAGAGCUGGCACUGUAUGGGAAACGGCUGGAGGAGUCACCUUUUAACAACCAGAUGCGGCUGCUGCUGGUAAAGCGGGGGUCAGGCCUGCCACUGUACUUGCACCUCGUCACUGACUACCUGAGGCUCUUCACCCUCUACGAGCAGGUGUCUGAGAGGCUGCGAACGCUGCCCGCCACCCUGCCACUGCUGCUGCAGCACAUCCUGAGUACCUUGGAGCAAGAGCAUGGCCUGGAUGUCCUUCCUCGAGCUCUGGCUGCCCUUGACGCCACACGGAGUGGUCUGACUGUGGACCAGCUGCAUUCAGUGCUGAGCACAUGGUUGGUUUUGCCCAAAGAGACAAAGAACUGGGAAGAAGCAGUGGCUGCUGGUCAAAAUGAAAACCCUUACCCUUUGAGUCCAUUUGCCUACCUUGUCCAGAGCCUACGAAGUUUACUAGGGGAGGGCCCUGUGGAGCGCCCUGGUGCCCGUCUCUGCCUCUCUGAUGGGCCUCUGAGGACAGCAGUUAAACGUCGCUAUGGGAAAAGGCUGGCGCUAGACAAGACUGCACAUGUCGUCAUUGCAGCUCACCUCUGGAAGAUGUGUGAUCCUGAUGCCUCCGGCACUUUCCGAAGUUGCCCUCCCGAGGCUCUGAAAGAUUUACCUUACCAUCUGCUACAGAGUGGGAACCACGCUCUCCUUGCAAAGUUUCUCAGCAAUCUCCACGUGGUAGCUGCAUAUCUGGAAACGGGUCUAGUCUCUGACCUCUUGGAGGCGCAUGUGCUCUAUGCAGCUUCUUCAACAUCUGAAGUGAACCCAAAGCCCCUGGAGGCGGAUGUCGCUGUGUUCCAUACCUUCCUGAGACAGCAGGCUUCGCUGCUUGCCCAGUAUCCUCUGCUCCUGCAUCAGCAGGCAGCCAACCAGCCUGUAGAGUCACCUGUUUGCCGCCAGGCCCCCCUGCUCACCCAGCGAUGGCACCUCCAGUGCAUGCUGCGGUGGGUUAAUAAACCCCAGACCUCGGACAGCCAGCAGAGCUUGUCUCUGGCAAUUUCCUCCCCAACCGCGGUGGCCUUGUCCCCUAAUGGGCAACGAGCAGCCGUGGGCACUGCCAGUGGGACAAUUUACCUGCUGGACCUGAGAACCUGGCAGGAGGAGAAGGCGCUGGUGAGCGGUUGUGAUGGGGUCUCCUCUUUUGCGUUCCUCUCGGACAGCGCCCUUUUCCUCACCACCUUUGAUGGGCUCCUCGAGCUCUGGGACCUGCAGCACGGCUGCUGGGUGUCCCAGUCCAAGGCCCACCAGCACCAAGUCACUGGCUGCUGCCUGAGCCCAGACCGACGCCUGCUGGCCACCGUGUGUUUGGGAGGUAUCCUAAAGCUGUGGGACACAGUCCGUGGACAGCUGGCUUUCCAGCACACUGGUCCCAAGUCCCUGAACUGCGUUGCCUUCCACCCAGAGGGGCAGGUGGUAGCCACAGGCAAUUGGGCUGGCAGAAUUACCUUCUUCCAGGCAGAUGGACUCAAAGUCAUCCAGGAACUAGGAGCCCCGGGAGCCUCUGUCCGAAGUCUGGCAUUCAGUGCACCUGGGAAGUCUGUGGCUGCAGGCCGGAUAGAUGGGAUGGUGGAGCUGUGGGCCUGGCAAGAGGGGGCACGGCUGGCGGCCUUCCCUGCUCACAGUGGCUGUGUUGCUGCUCUUCUUUUCCUGCAUGCUGGAGGCCGGUUCCUGACGGCUGGAGAAGAUGGCAAGGCUCAGUUAUGGUCAGGAUUUCUUGGCCGCCCCAGGGGUUGCCUGGGCUCUCUUCCUUUGUCUCCUGCACUCUCUGUGGCUCUCAACCCAGACGGUGACCAGGUGGCUGUUGGGUACCGAGAAGACGGUAUUAAAAUCUACAACAUUUCUUCAGGUUCCCAGGAGACUCCGUGUCAAGCACUAAAUGUAGCAGUGUCGGCACUGAUCUGGCUGAGUCCCAGCGUGCUGGUGACCGGUUCAGAAGAUGGCUCCCUGUGUGGCUGGGUGGUCAAGGGACACUCUCUUCAUUCCCUGUGGAUGGCAUCCCGACACCAGAAACCUGUGCGUGGACUGGCCACCUCUCAGGAGCUCUUGACUUCCGCCUCAGAGGACUUCACAGUGCGGCUGUGGCCCAGGCGGCUGCUGACACAGCCACAUGGGGCAGAAGACUUUCCCUGUGCUGCUGAGCUCCGGGGACAUGAGGGCCCAGUGUGUUGCUGUAGCUUCAGCCCUGAUGGCAGCGUUUUGGCUACUGCGGGCAGGGAUCGGAAUCUUCUCUGCUGGGACGUGAAGACAGCCCAAGCCCCUCUUCUGAUUCACUCCUUCUCUUCCUGUCACCGUGACUGGAUCACUGGCUGUGCGUGGACCAAGGACAAAGUGCUGGUCUCCUGCUCUAGUGAUGGCUGUGUGGGACUCUGGGAUCCAGAGUCAGGACAGCAGCUUGGUCAGUUCCUGGGUCACCAGAGUGCCGUGAGCUCUGUGGUUGCUGUGGAGGAACACAUAGUAUCUGUGAGCCGGGAUGGGACCUUGAAAGUGUGGGACCGCCAGGGCGUGGAGCUGACAAGCAUCCCUGCUCACUCGGGACCCAUCAGCCAGUGCGCAGCUGCUCUGGAGCCCCGCCCAGCUGGACAGCCUGGAUCGGAGCUUCUGGUGGUGACAGUUGGACUGGAUGGGGCCACAAAGUUGUGGCAUCCCCUCUUGGUGUGCCAAAUCCGCACCCUCCAGGGACACAGUGGUCCAGUCAUGGCAGCUGCUGCUUCUGAGGCCUCAGGCCUCCUGCUGACCUCAGAUAAUAGCUCUGUCCAGCUCUGGCAAAUCCCUGAGGAAGCCGAUGAUACGUACAAACCUAGGAGUUCUGUGGCCAUCACGGCUGUGGCAUGGGCACCAGACGGUUCUCUGGCAGUGUCUGGAAAUGAAGCAGGGGAGCUGAUACUGUGGCAGGAAGCCAGAGCUGUGGCUACAGCACAGGCUCCAGGCCGUAUCAGUCAUGUGAUCUGGUACUCGGCACAUUCAUUCUUUGUUCUCAGUAAUAAUGAAAAGGUCAGCGAGUGGCAAGUGGACCCCAUGGGAGGCUCAGCGUUCAGGAAUCCCAGUCUUCACAUGAAGCAAGUUCUUCAGGAGGGCUUGGGAGUCUUGACAGGCCUGGCUCUGGCCCCUGAUGGCCAGUCUUUCAUCUUAAUGAAAGAGAAUGUGGAAUUACUACAGAUGAAGCCUGGGUGUACUCCAUCUUUGAUCUGCAAGAAGUAUGGAGUACGUUCUUCAAUACUGUGCACCAGCCGGGAGCAUGGCAUGUUCUACCUGCAGCAGGGGGACCCUGGAUAUCUUUCCUACUUGGAGCCGAAGGAGUCAGGGGAGGUCGAGAGGAUCUUCAAUUUGUACUUAAAGAAUCCUAAUGGAUCCCCAAUAUCAAUCACUCAGGCCAAACCUGAGUCUGAGUCAUCAUUUCUGUGUGCCACCUCUGACGGAAUGCUGUGGAGCUUAGGUGAGUGCACCCUAGAAGGAGAAUGGAUUGUAGAUAAUAUUUGGCAGACAAAAGCAGAAACAUCUAAGACUCCAGGGACAAACUCUGAGUCAGAUUCCUGCAUGGAGAGCUGGCCAGAACCCAGACAUUUAAAGGCACGCCAGGGUAAAAAGAUUCACUUGGGCCCAGUCACAGCCCUCCAUGUACUUCCUGGAUUGCUGGUGACUGCUUCGAAGGACAGAGAUGUUAAGCUGUGGGAGAGACCCAGCAUGCAGUUGUUGGGUUUAUUUCGAUGUGAUGGGCCAGUGAGCUGCCUGGAACCUUGCCUGGGGCCCAACUCUACCCUGCAGCUUGCCGUGGGAGACACACAAGGAAACUUGUAUUUUCUAUCUUGGGAACGAGAAUGCAGUUCUCAGGACAAAGGUGACAUCUCUUGUACUAGAUGAUGCAAACCAGAAGACACCAGUGUCUACAUUCUUGAUAAGACUAUAAGAAUAUGGGGGGGGGGGGAGAAAAGGGAGGCGGGGAAGAGGUGGAAAUUUUUAAUAAAUUAAAAAAAAAAUCAUGCUGGGUCUGAGCAUGACCUGACCCCAUUCUGCAGUUGUUCUUUGCUCAAAUAAAUAGUGUUAAAUUGAAAAAAAAAAACUAUAAGAAUAAAGUGUUGGAAGAUCUUAAGUACA